GAUAACGCUUCAGCAUUCUGUUAACCACGGUUAAGCCUGAACCCAUUCUCCAUCUCUCUCUCUCUCUCUCUCUCUCUCUCAUCCGAUCCAACUUUAGGUGGUUAUUCGGAACAGAAUUUCCCCAACUUGGUGUGUUUUCUGAUCCGGACGUGAUCUGAAAACAAUCGAGUUCAGUUCAGAAUUCUUAUGCUAUAUCGUGACGAGAGCUUCAUGCUCAGGUAAAUGGAGACGCAGCGGAUAAUGGAGAUUCCGCAUAGGAGCAUAGACAAGAGGCCAAGGAAGAGACCUCGUUUAACAUGGGACAUGCCUCCUCCUCCGCCUCCUAUUCCUCCUCCUCUUCCUUGCAAGGUUCUUCCAGCUUCAAAUCGCAGCCAGGAGGUUGGGAAUGGCAUUGUUCCAAAUCAUGUUUAUUCAUCAUCCAUGUUUUAUAGGGGAACGUCUCGAAAUGGAUCGCCCCCUUGGAGGCCUGAUGAUAAAGAUGGUCACUAUGUUUUUGCCGUGGGUGAAAAUUUGACACCACGAUACAGGAUUCUUGGUAAAAUGGGUGAAGGAACAUUUGGUCAAGUCUUGGAAUGUUUUGACAAUGAAAAGAAAGAAGUUGUGGCAAUUAAAAUUGUUCGCUCCCUAAUCAAGUAUCGUGAGGCAGCAAUGACUGAAAUUGAUGUGCUGAUGAGGCUAGCCAAACAUGAUGUUUCUGGUUCUCGUUGUGUGCAAAUACGGAAUUGGUUUGACUAUCGUAAUCAUAUUUGUAUUGUAUUUGAGAAGCUUGGACCAAGCUUAUACGAUUUUCUACGCAAAAACAGCUAUCGUUCUUUUCCCAUUGAUCUAGUUCGGGAGUUUGCCAGACAACUUUUGGAGUCUGUAGCAUUUAUGCAUGAUUUAUGCUUGAUUCACACUGAUUUGAAGCCAGAGAAUAUUCUGCUUGUCUCAUCAGAAUUUAUCAAAGUGCCAGAUUAUAAGUUUUUGUCACGGACCACAAAAGAUGGCUCCUAUUUCAAGAAUCUUCCCAAGACAAGUUCCAUUAAACUCAUUGAUUUUGGGAGUACAACAUUUGAGCAUCAAGAUCAUAGUUAUGUAGUGUCAACAAGACAUUAUCGUGCACCAGAAGUUAUCUUAGGUCUUGGAUGGAAUUAUCCUUGUGACCUUUGGAGUGUAGGCUGCAUAUUAGUUGAACUUUGCACAGGUGAGGCACUUUUCCAGACGCAUGAGAACUUGGAACAUCUUGCCAUGAUGGAGCGAGUUUUAGGGCCACUGCCUCCCCAAAUGGUGGUCAGGGCAGAUCGUCGAGCCGAGAAGUAUUUUAGAAGGGGUGCACGUUUGGGUUGGCCUGAUAGUUCAACUUCAAGAGAAAGCAUGAGGGCAGUUUGGAAAUUGCCUCGAUUACCGAACCUUAUAAUGCAGCACGUUGAUCAUUCUGCCGGUGACUUGAUUGACCUCUUGCAAGGGCUUUUACGGUAUGAACCAGUAGAGCGGCUUAGAGCAAGGGAAGCGUUAAGACAUCCCUUCUUUUUGCCAGGAGAUCCUAAAAGAUAUGGUUACUCAUUAUAAGUGACAAAAUGGUGUGGAGAAGAAAACACUGCCGAGAAUGUAGGGUAAUAUCAACACAAAUACUAUGAGUCAUUUUAUUGCUCCACUGUAUAGUGAAAAAGUGGAUUGCAUCACUUUUUGUACUAUGCAUUCUUUGUGUGUUAGUCGUCUCCUUUCGUUUCUUCGGCCCUCCCCCUAUCGUCACAACUCACAAGGAAGUGUUUGGUGAGUAGUCAAAUGUUGACUUCGUUAUACGUCAGUUAUUGGUUAUUGCCUCUCAGUGAUUGAGAGUAGGGCAUUAUAUGUC